AUGAACAUGUUUCCCUUUCCAGUUCAAGAGGACCAAGUGAGGCCUCUGUCCGAAGAGGACCAGCAGAUCCUCUUGGGGCUUACCCGUCGCUACGGCGUCUCAAGUCUCGUAUGCGCUCUUGGCGGUCUGGGUGCUUCAUCUCGAGCCUCCACGUUCUCGGCAUCAACACUCCUCAGCAACACCAGCGCUCCCUCACUAGCAUGGAGCAGUUCUGAGGCCUCUCAUGCACGAUCCGAUGCGGCCUCGAUUCGAACCCAGUCAACAUGGCAAGAUAACGCAGGCGACGUUCCCUCGAUUCACGACGGUGAGAUCGGUAAAGUUGCCGAUCGCACAUGGCUCGACUCGCCCAAUCUCAUGCAGUCACCCAUCCCUUCAUGCGAUGUCACCUCUCACCCGUCGCCCCGGCAUGUCACACCAACCUCUAAGAAAUACCAGUGCCCCAUGUGCUUCCUCGACAACAACCCCGUUGGUUUCGGCAGGAAAAGUGAUUUCAAGAAGCAUCUUUACAAUUUCCACGGUGCUGAUGUGACUUGGCUUUGCAAGACCAAGGGCUGCCAUCUCUCCUUUGCUACUGAGCGAGCCUACAGCACUCACGCCAAGGAGACACACCGCAUGGACGCCCUCCCUAACAGCACUGCAAAGACAGAGUUGUGCCCCCAGGUUGUCUUUGGUUGUGGAUUCGCCAGCUGCAAGGACCGUGUCUUUGAGGCUUCUUCCAGCGACCAGGCUUCUGCCAGCCGCGACAAGUACUUUGAGCACAUCGCUAAGCACUUUGAGGAUGGCUUUGAUGUGAACAACUGGGAGUACAAGGUUCAAGUCCACAAUCUCAUGCGUCAGUCCAAGGUCAAGUCUGUUUUCAAGACUUGCAUCUGGCCCAAGGAGAAGAGAAUGCAACUCACAUGGCGCCAUCGCUCUUCCGGUGAUCUCAAGCGUAUGCUUGAGGCCCGUCAUCUCGGUGAGGAUAUCUCAACACUUGUGCGUCUUGCAUUCAUCCUGGGCACAUCGCCUUUCACCAGCCCUACUACACCGCCACCAAGCGAGAUUGACCUGCAGUUCUCUCUGCCCUUCCGAUCUCAAUGCUUGAUGGACACUGUUGGCCACGCUGAUGGUGCUCAAUCCUCGACGGCCGAGACCAGUGAGACCAACACACCGAUGGUCACUGUGACGAAGCAGGCUCCUCAAACACCGGAGGCACCUUCGUUCCCUGCCCGACGCAUCAAGCAGGAGACUCGACCCACGACACCAAUGGACGGUCUCCCUGAGCCUAUGGUUCACGAUGACCUCACUGCUGGGCCUCAUCCUGGAACGCCGUUCCCCAUUCCUAACGAGCAUGUCUGGCCAGUGGACGCACCCAAGUUUGCUCCUGACCAGAUGAACACCUUUGCUGAUGCUUCCAUGACCUACAUACUGCCUGGUCAAGAGCUUCCUCAGCAACAAUGGGACAUGACUGGCAUGCAACAGCACUUUCCUCAACAAGACACUGUCAUGUCCAACGUCUACAUGCCUCCUCAACAACCUGUAGCUGCUCGUCCUGCUACACCUAUUCCUUCCAAGCGACCUGGGUCUUGGGGCAAGCGACUAAGCCUUGAGAACCUGCGUCCCAAGAAGAAGACAAGCGUGUAUGGAAGCCCUGCUUCCGAGCACGAGGCUGUCCCUCCUGUGCCAGCCAUGUAUGCCGACAUGAUUCCCACGUCUAUGCCAGCAGGCUACGAACUGCCAAUGCGAAUGGGCCACCCUCAACAAGGGUACACAUCGAACCCUGGCUUCAUGCCCCAAGCUCAACAGCAACAGUUCGGCUCACCCACGACUUUUUACUUGGAUGACGGGGACAUGAGACUAUAA